AUGGCACAUCAAAUGGAGCUGGUUCCUUCUAAUGUGGGACAAGCACCGGAAAGUGAAAUGAAGAUAAUCGCUGUGGAGAAAGCCAACAAACCCAUCAACACCAGGUUCAGUGGCAAGGUCGACUACGACAUGGUGCUGGUUGUGUUCAGGGACAGUUUCCUUAAGAAGUGGGACAAAAUGACGCCAUCACCAGACACCGGCCUACAAGGUUUCGACGAGCUGGCCACAAUCGGUGCCGGCUCCUUCGGUCGAGUGAAACUGGUGCGCGAAAAGUCGACGGGUAAUUACUAUGCUGCGAAGUUGGUGUUGAAGGAGAUGAUCGUGAAGACGAAGCAAGUGCCGCAUAUAUUCAAUGAGAAGCGCGUGCUGCUCAGCAUAGACUUCCCAUAUGUGGUGAUGAUGGACUUUUGCCGCAAGGACUUUGAUCACUUGAUCUUCGGCUUGCCAUUCAUAAACGGCGGCGAGCUCUUCACGUAUCAUCGCAAAGUGCGUAAGUUUUCGGAGAAGCAGGCGCGUUUCUAUGCUGCUCAAAUAUUUCUUGGGUUGGAGUAUCUACAUAACUUGCAAUUGCUAUAUCGCGAUUUGAAGCCAGAGAAUAUAUUAAUCGAUAGAAAAGGUUACCUUAAGAUAACGGAUUUUGGCUUUGCAAAGCGCGUUGAGACCCGCACUCUGACUUUAUGCGGCACGCCCGAGUAUCUGGCGCCCGAGUUGAUUAAGUCCAAACCUUACUCCACCAGCGUCGACUGGUGGGCGUUUGGCGUGCUGGUUUAUGAGUUUGUCGCCGGUAAUUCCCCCUUUUCCGAGUACAAUAGGGAUGUUAUGAUGAUGUAUGGCAAAAUUUGCGAUGGCGCCUACAAGAUACCAGCUUCCUUUCCGCCAAUGUUGAAGGACUUAAUUUCAAAACUGCUAGUGGUCGAUCCCUCGAAGCGACUCGGCUGUUUAACGAACGCACACAAGGACAUUAAAAAUCACGACUGGUUCAAGGGCGUCGAUUGGUACGGACUACUGAACCAACAAAUACAACCUCCCUAUGUCCCAGUCAUCUCAAACAUGGAAGAUCUGUCGAAUUUCGACAAAUACCCCGAAGAUAGAAAGAAUGCACCGAAGUCGAAGACAAACAAAUAUCCCGAAAUAUUUGCCGAGUUUUAG